GGCGCUUACAUGGACGAUUCAUAUGCCCUACGUCACUAAGAACCAAACGUCGAGGACGAGUGCGCCAUUUUGGCUCAAACAAAACCCAGAGCCUUGGACCUGGUUCUGGCUCUGUAUUGAGCAGACCCAUAGCAUUGGACCUGGAUCUGGCUCCACCAUGGGAGGCUGCUCGGCUCCGAACUGUUCCAACUCCACCACCAUAGGGAAGCAGCUGUUCAGGUUCCCGAAGGAUGCGGAGCGCAGGAGGAUCUGGGCCGUGAACUGCCGACGAGACUUCGAGCCGCCGCCUCACUCCAGACUGUGUCAGGACCAUUUUGAGCCAAGCCAGUUCGAGGAGGUUGCGAGAUCUCCUGCCGGUGGCAGGAAGUUAAGACCCAACGCUAUCCCUACUCUCUUCGGCAUCCAGGAGCCCCCCUACCCUGCAAUCACACAACCUCACUUCCUGCUUCCUCUCAAGCCAGAACCAGUGGAGAGAGAGCUGGGUUUUGAGGAGCACGGCUACGCCAGACACACCCCUCUCCCCGGGAUGCUGAUGAUGAUGGAGGAGGAGGAAGUGGAGGGGCACAGCGAGGCGCACCACUGCAAACAGUGUCUGCUCCUCAGGAGGCGACUGGAGCUGGAGACGCACACCUCGGCCCGGCUGCGGAAGGAGCUGGACGAGAUGAAGAAGCGCCUGUUCCGUCUGGACCGCGUGGAGCGGGGGCUGCAGGGCUUCCUGUACGAGGACCAGGUGCGCGCGCUGUCGCUCAGCAAGCGCUCCCGCCGCGCCGUCUGGUCCCCGGAGACGGUCGCCAGGGCGGGCAAGCUGCGGCGCGCCGUGGGCAACAAGGGCUACGAGUACCUGCGGGAGACGGGCUACCCGCUGCCCUCCUACCGCACGCUCUGCAACCGCCUGGAGACCAAGAUCACCGUGACGACGCACCUCAGCUGCGAGGAGCUGGCGGAGCUGGGCCUGGGCCUGAUGCCCCCGCCCUCGGCCUACAGCCCCACGGGGGUGGGAGAGGUCGGGGAGGAGGAAGAGGAGGAUGACGACGGGGUGGUGGACCAGCUCAUAGGGGUGUUGUCCUGAGAGAGGCACCGGCUCAGAGACUAUUGCGGUGUUGGAUGCUAAAAAAGGAUGAGAAGGGCUCCUUGUUGUUCCUCGAUUCUCGGACGCAGAGCGGUAAACAGGGGUUUUGCUGAGGAGUCACAGUGCAAACUCUCGGCUUUACAUGACGUAAGGCUUCAAACCUGUUGUUCAGGCCCGUCCCGGCCUCGGCAUGAUUCUACGUAAGACUGACAGGUCUGCUUGGUGCUGAGGAUGAUGGGCUGCUUGGCCUCAUACCUCCCUAACUACUGCGCUAACCUGGACAGGAGGUGAACAUGUUCUGAAUGGCUCCUCCGCGCCACGCUUGCCAUUCUUGCUGUUGAAUGAACGCGUGGGACUCUAGCACUAUGAAGCUGACUAUAGCCUCUGGGCCGGGCCGCCAUCAGAAGGAAGGCUGAGCUAAAAGGGGGAGAGGAUCUGAGCCUGCUGCUGCUGAGAACACACUUGUACCUUGAACCUCCCAGUACGCU